GCAACAACGUUGCCCUGAACGGCAAGACUAACAACUCGUCGCGAGACUUGAGCGUGUGUGGUUUGCAAACUACUAACAACGGCUUGACCAUCAACAACGACAAUAACGGCCUGAAUAAUCACGGCGACCUGCUGCUGAGCCACAAUAACAAACUCGUGAGCUGCGUCGAUCGCGACGACGACGAACAACACGACGACCGCGUCAACGAGGAGGACGACGACGAUCAUCUCGUCGUGAUCGCGAACAACGCGAAGAACGAGCAAGACUCUCAGCAACAGCAGGACGACGACAAAAGCCUGCAGGAGAUAAUCGACAGCGAGCUCGCCCUGAGGAUAUCCGCGGCGAACAACGACACGGCCGCUGCGGACGACGAUACCGAGGACGACGAGCCACUGCUCGAGGACGACAUGGUGGUACAGCAGCAGCCUGAAAUCACCAAGAGGAUUAUUCUUGAGCCUCGACGCGGGUCUUUGAUCGACGAAAACGAGCAGUUCAUAACGCACGAGAUCGAGCAUUAUCGGCUGAUAGCCGAGCCCUAUCCCAAUGCCCACGUCAGUCCCGACCCGAAGGAUCCGCCAGAUGUCGAGGACGUCGACGAGGACGAGGACGACGAAGUUUUCGAAAUCGAGACGGAGACCACGACGACCGAGCCCACGACCACCACGGGUCCGUCUCUGCCGUCCGCCUACGAAGUGUCCAACGAGCUGCAGUUGAAAAACGACAUCAAUCACGAGAAGGAGGAGGACAUCGGCAAGCAAGCCGAGGACGAUCAGACCACCACCAACACCCUGAGCGAUUUCUUAGUCACGGAAGAGACCACCGACGACAACAACUCGUCCAAGGGCGGUGGUCAAUCGUCGAUCGUCGCCACCGACAAGCUCUAUCAGGACAUCGACGAGCUCGUCGUCACGCCCAGCAGCAACUGCAGCAGCGGCAGCGGCAGCAGCAACGAGGACAAGAACAACGGACAUCUGCUGACGGACGAUCUGCUGCUCGACGAGAUAACCGAGGACGACUCGUCCAAGUACAACGACAACGAGUUCAAGGAUCUGUCGAGCGCCACCUUCAUCGAGCACGAGAUACCCGAGCCGAUCUCGCUUAAAGAGGCCUCGGGGGUGGACGAGAAGUCCUGCUCGUUUUACGAGACCGAGGCCAGAAGCCCCGAGCCGACCAGCGUGGACAACGACGACGACGAGAGCAACAGUAGUCUGUCGAUCAGCAAUAUACCGACGACUACGACGCAGACCGUGUCCACCGACGUGACGGAUUUCAAGGACAACAACACCAACACCACCACCACCAAGAGCUCCGAUUGGCUCGACGAUCAUCAUCGCCACGUCGACAAGGAAUUAUCACCCGUGUCGAUCGUCGUCACGCAAGCCGCGGAGGAGCCGCAGCAGCAGCCGCAGAGCUUGCAGAGCUUGCCGAGCUUGCACGAUCAGUGCAGCGUGGGCAGCACCCCCUACGACAGCGGCAACUUUUACAGCCAGGAGGGCAAGUUCGAGAAUUAUCUCGAGAAGAGCGGCAGCCGACUGCUGGAGGAGGACGACGGCGGCGAUCUGGCUCCGCUCGCGACUCCCGACGAGAUCUCGGAGAUUUCCAAUGCCGCCUCUAACGAUAGCGAGAGUCGCGAGGAGGUCAUAACGACGAGCUCCGUCGUGAGCUCGACGAAGAAAAAGAAGAAGAUCGAGGCCACAGCGGGAAGCGAUGCAUCGCCGAAUCACACGAAAACUAAGAAAACCAAGAAAAGCAAGAAGAGCGAGCUCGAGAAGGAGAACAUCUCCGUGAAGAAGAAAUUAAAAUCAAAAGAGUCGAAGAAAGAGAGCUUAAACAUGCACACGGGACCGAGGCAGACGUCGGCGGAGAUGAUCGAAAUCUCUGCCGAGGACGAUCUGUCGAAUGUCAACGUCAAGUCGCUGACACAGACGUACGCCCUGGAGUCGUCGCAUCGAGGCGAUUUGGAGAAACCAAACAAAGAAAUCAUCGCCACCGGUGUGUCCAUCAAACAGUUGUGUCGCAGCUUCGGAGACGUUUCCAACAUGAACGACGCCGACAAGAACACCACGCUCACGAAUUCGGACAGCAAUAGGCAUCACGAGAGAGCAAAAUCGACGGGCGAUCUGAGCUUUGACGAGCAGGACCGAUGCAAGUACUUCACAGGUCGUGACGUAGUUUUCGCUUCAGUUAAUGUCAAGGCUCUCCGAGCCUCGUACAAUAACCUGGCGAACUUGCAACGCUCCGUGUCGGAUUGUCCCAAGCGAAGAUACACGCGCUCCUGCAGCGAUCGCAUAAGGCCCGUGGCUGACCUGUUCGAGAAAUCGAGCUUCAACAAAUUCGACGCGCUGACGAAAAAAUCAGGCGCCGUGCUGCACGUACGCUCGGUCGACGCCAGCAAAGUCCAGCAGCAGCUCAAUUCCGUCGCUCAGAACGGCGACGCCAAUCCGAACUGUCGCAGUUGCGGCAAAGUCGUCUUCCAGAUGGAGCAGACCAAGGCCGAGGGCCUGGUCUGGCACAAGAACUGCUUCCGCUGCUGCCAGUGCAGCAAGCAGCUCAGCGUCGACAGCUACGAGAGCCACGAGUCGACCCUGUACUGCAAGCCCCACUUCAAGGAGCUGUUCCAGCCGAAACCCGUCGAGGAGAGCGACCAGCCCAUGCGCCCUAGAAAGCCGGAGAUGAUCAUACGCGAAAAUCAGCCAAAAGAGUUACCGCCCGACGUCGUGAGAGCUUCGGACAAGCCCGAUCUCGGGCUCGAGGAGCUCUCGGCGCUCAACGUCAAGUCACGCUUCCAAGUCUUCGAAAAGGCCAACAACCACGACAACCACUUAAACGAGAUCGAAAGGUCUCCGUCUCAAGUGGCCGUCAAGAGGUCGCCCAGUAUACUCAGUAAAUUAGCCAAAUUCCAAGCGAAGGGUAUGGACAUCGGCGUGACGGACGACGCUCUCAAUGGAAUACCAUACGAAGAAUCCAGCGAGAGCGACGAGGAGAUCGAAGAGGAGGAAACAGAAGAAGUUGAGACCGAGACGACAAUAAUCAAGUCGAAUCGAGGCAAUCGUGAACGACCGAUUAGCUUCACGAAAAUGGACGACAUCAAGAACCGCUGGGAGAGCACGAGCCGAGAGGGCAGGAAGGAGUCGCUGCGCGAGGCUCGCAAGGAAGAGAUCGCCGGAAUACGCUCGAGGCUCUUCAUGGGCAAACAAGGCAAAAUGAAGGAAAUGUACCAGCAGGCCGUGGCGGACAGCGAUAAAAUUCAGAAAAUCAACGCGGUGGAAGAGAUCCAACAUUCGACAAACGCGCGCUCCAUUAAGGAGCGCUUCGAACGUGGCGAACCGAUCGCGGCGACGAGCGACGAGGAAAUCGAAAAUGCCAAGAACAAAUCAGAAAAGCCGGACGAGGAGAUACUUGCCGCAGGAAUAAGCAGAAAAUCCCGUUCGCUGUUCCUCGAGAUGGACGCAACGGCCGCGAAAACCGGCAGACCCGUGACGCCCAACAGUCAAUCCAAAGCACCAGAGACCCCCACCAGCAGGAGGGCGCGCGACGCAUUCAUGGGCCGACAAGUGUCGGACGACGUGGUGCGUAGCAGCGAUCAGACCGAAGAGGUAAAGGUCGAGACCUCGGACAUUUCGAACAAAUUCAAGUUCUUCGAAACCUACAGAGAGCCAGAAAAGACGCGCAAACAGUUUCGGAUCACACCGCCUCGUGACGGACAAGUCAAGUUGGAUUCGCCAGAUCGCGAGAUCUACCGUGAUCCGGAAGUGGUGCGCGCCGACGAUCGCGCCACCGACGACAUCGUCCACACGGACACGGCCCGCAAGAUGCUCGGCUUCUUCCGCCAGAUGGAGGAGAAGGCCACCAAGGAGGACCUGCCCGACGGCCCGAAGCCCCUCAAACGUUUCACGCCGCCGCCCGAGGACAAAUUCGGCAAAGCCACGGCCAGCGAGUCCGGCGAGGAGGAGGAAGAGGCCGACGAGUCCGAGGACGAGGAACAGAACCCCAACUACGUUCGGGCUUCCGAUAAAGUCGAGGACGAGUUCCUGAAGCAGGCGAACAACGGCGCCGUGCGCGCCAAGACUCUGCGCGCCAAGUUCGAGCAGUGGGAGACGAGCGACGCGAAAGCCGCCGCGACGAACAAUCAUCAUCACGUGGCCGAGAUGGACAUGGCCCAGACCGACGGCAGCCAGCCGAGCAUCGAGUCAGCCAGCUCCCUGAGAGCUCGCUUCGAGUCGCUGGGCUCGACGCCGCAAGAGGCACCGCGCACGCCUAAGGUCAAGGUCAAUCGAUUUGUGUCAAUGAUGAAUUGACCGAUGAUUUAUGAUUGAUAUUUCUCCCGUGGCAAAUAGUAAUCGACUACUAGCCGUCACACGAAGCAAGAAGCCGAGAAGCACGAGUAGGAUGUGUCGCUCAACUUUCCGAAACACAAAAACUGUUUUAAAAGAUCAUGUGCAGCGGAACUUUGAACAACUGGAAGAAGUUGAUGUAGCGGAGUCGAAGGCCUCAUAAUGUACACGGAUGAAUGACAGACCACAUGAAUCAUUUAAACAAUUUCAUAGCGAUCGCCCCGUUUUAUUGAUUGAUUAUUUAAUGUCAUUAUUUAUUAUGGUUAUCGCGGAUUAUAAUUAUUUAUUAUAAAAAAAGAUAUUUAAGCAAGAUCGGACAUUUCAAUAGUGCAAUAUAUGUAGAGUGCAGUUGUAGGUCUAGUUAUAAUGAGCUCUACGUUUUUACUGGAAUUCGCCGAUCGUCGAUCGUAACCAAAGAUGCUAUUACAAUUUUAAAAAAAAAACCCGAUCUAACAAAUGUCCGAUCUUAAUAGUAAUAGAAUAUAUUACAUAGAUAGCGUUCAUCUUUAUGUUUUUAGAGAUAAUUUUAUCUUGAAAUGUUGUGCGUUUUAGCGGAUUUUAUGAAAUUUAUGGCCUUGUAAGUCAGACAAAUAUAGAUAUUUUCCUUCACUUUUGUUGAAAAUAAAAAAAGCUCGAGUAUGUAUGCGAAAGCGAAUUCCCAUUGAUUAUCUAAAGAAUUAAGAAUGUUUUGCGGAAAAAUUUAAAAGAAAAGUGGCUAGGGAAAAUCGUGUAUGUAUGAGUGGGACAAUUAUGAAAAACAUUACUGUAAUGUACUUAUACACAUCGCAUUACUUAGAUAUUUUCAACAAAAAAAAGUAAAUAAUAAGAAAGAAAGAAGGAAAGAAAGAAAAUUGAACUUUAAUAGCUCAAAGUGCCAAGUGCAACGUUAAAUCGCUUUAUCAUAGAAUAUGUUAUGAUGUCGAUGCAUGUCUUUUUGAGAUUAAUAUUUUUUCACAAUUUCGUUUGUAGUCUACCGGAAUUUAUAAAAAAAGGAAAAAAAAUACAAACAAGCUAAUAACAAUACUCUUAUUCUAAAUAUAUAAUUAUAUUGUACGUAUGUACUUGCUUUGUCAGUACAUAAGGUGCCUAAGCAAGUAUAUAAUAUAAAUAUUCUCAUUGAUAUUUUUAAUAACAUUUAUAACGAUCGAUAUAUACUUUUAUAAAAGCAACUUUCGAACUGUACCAAAAUUAAAGACAUUUUAAACUUAUCGCUUGAAUCGCACUCGGUACCAUUAAUACAGAACUAUACAUAGUGAGCCAUGUAAACAAAAAAAAAAGAAAUAAUAUUUUAACGUAUUACCAAGUUGAGUACAGUACACAGAGAAAUGGUAUAUAUUUUCGGCAGUGUAAUUUCACUCACUUAGAGAUGUGUAACCGCCUUUUAUAUAAAAAUUUCUCAUCGCACAAGUACUAUAUCGACUGUAUUGCACAAUGAAUGUCUAUCAUUUAAAAUAUGACAACAUGCAUUGUUCACAAAAGUAGGGAAUUUCCGUUAUUCUUUAUGAGAACAAAAUCUGUUAAUUUAUCGUAUGUAAACUUGCGUAAGUUGUAGUUAAAAUGUAAUUCUUUAAUCGAUUAAAUUUAUCGAAAAAUGCAUAUCAAUAAAUUUUGCUUACAGUCUCAUGACUUCUGAAUUAUUGAAUCAAUAUGCAUUUCCUUGCAGUUUUCAAAAAGUUGUGUCUUUUUUAUGAAAUAAUUUUAUUGAUUUGUAAGUUUUUUUUUAAAUUGCGGAAUGUUAAAAUUGUAUGUGUACUAAAUUUAAUUUUUAUGCGUAGGGCUAGUUCUUACAAGUUUGCGUUCUGUUAAUCAUUAAAAAAAAAACAAAUAUUUUUUGAGGAUUGAAAAAUAUACUUAAUAAUGCACUGUCUAAUUCGUCUUAAAGUGUAAUAUUUUAUAUACAAGCGACCGAGACACACUGAUAACUGAGAAAAUUUAUAAUAUUAAGAAGCGAAAAUCGAGUUUUGAGGGUCAAACUGAUUUUUUCUGAAUAAAAAUUUAUGUUGUAAUUAA